AUGGUAUCGUGGCGAAGGAAGUCCCAGAGUCCUUCCACACCAAACGUCCUCCAAUCCGCUAUUAUGGCAGGCUCAGGAAUCCGAGGGCAGUUUGAGGAAAAGUUCAAGGCCCUUCUGCGGGACAUGGAGGACGAGGGCCAAAAAGUCAUUUCAAGUUGCUUUAUCGACGCAGUGCGUGAGUGUCACUACAUUCGGGAGUAA